GCGGUCCCGCUUCGGCCCUCGGCGCUCUAGGCCGCCUCUGCUGUCCCGGGCCGCCAGCGGGUCGGCUGGAGGCCGAGGAGCCAAGGCCUCCGGGGAAGGAGCAGGACCCUCCGGCCUCCGCCAGCGGGCCGGCCUCGGGUGUAUUCAUCAUGAUUCUGCAACAGAUACUGCGGCUUUCUUCCAUUUUUCGCACCGCUGUUUCCGUACACCUGCGUAGGAAUAUUGGCCUCUCUGCUGUCAUCUUUAAUAAGGCAAAAGAGCUUGAUCCAGUUCAGAAACUCUUCUUAGACAAGAUCAGAGAAUACAACACAAAGAGCAAACAAGCUGGGGGGCCUGUUGAUGUAGGCCCUGAGUUUCAGAAAGACAUGAAUGAAUCACUUGCCAGACUUCAGCGAAUGUAUGGUGAAGGAGAUCUAACCAAAUUUCCAGAAUUUAAAUUCGAGGAGCCCAACUUUGAAGAGACUCCAAAGUGAUUGCUGCGGGUUGUCAAACAGCAGUGUACUUCCAUGGAGGAGCUGAAUAUGACAUCUGUUGUAACUCAAUAAAUGUGUUUCAGGUUGAUUUCAGAA